AUGAGCGGAACGCGUUCCCGGGAGCUGACGCCGCUCCACGAGGCCGCGGCCCGGGGGUGCCGCCGGUGCCUCGGGCUCCUCCUGCGGGAACGGGGGCACCUGCGGGACCAGGAUGGAAAACAGGCCGUGGAUGUGGUGCUGGAGCAGGGCUGGCCCCUCGUGGAGGCCCCGGGGGGGCACAGGAGGGCCCUGUCCUUCCUGACCGAGGAUGACUCGGAUGGCAGCGUCUCCCCUGGGUUCCCUGAGGACAAUUCCGAGGCCGGACCCCUCAGCAGCACCCGCAGGUCCCUCCUGGAGGAGCAGGAGCUGGGGGGCUGCUGUGUCCCCCCGCUGUGGCAGGGCCGAGCGGGUGAUGUGGGGGAGCUGCUUGCCCGGCUCCAGGGCUGCAGCCUCCGGGGGUCCCCGCCCUGCACCCCGCGGUCCCCUCUCAGCCCGGCCGGUGUCACCGUUGGGGAUGUCACCCCCCGGGGCCAGGAGCCCCCCGGGCACCGCCACAUCACCCCCAGGACCAGGAGCCGCCUCCGGGCGGUGGCAGAGCGGCUCAACUCCUCCUCCUCCUCUUCCUCCUCCCUCUUCAACGGGACGCUGCCGAUGCUCCGGAGACCCCCCAGGAUCAGAUCCCCCCGGGGGGUCCCCAGGGACCCUGUCACCCCCCCGGGACACUGUGUCACCCCGCGGGACGAGGAUAUGUCCGGGGAGGACGGAGAGGGGACAGACUCUUUGGAAGACACCCAGAUCCUGCCCGGAGCCCCCAAUUCACCCCCAGGGGGGGUCGGCAGCUCCCCCGGCUCCAGCCCCACGGUUCUGCUGUGCCCUGGGGACCCCGGACCCCCCCCGAAUCCCCCAUCAGGCCCUCGGGGCUCCCCCCACCCCGGGGUGCUGGAGGGUGGCUCUGAGUGGCAGCACCACUCGCCCUCAGGGGCGCCCCAGAUCCAGUGGCCCCACGGAAGCUCCAGGCGCCUUUUGGCCCCACAAGCAUCCAGCAGUGCCGGGGGGGACCUGGGCACCCCGUCCGUGCCACUGUCACCCCCCGGCUGUGGUCCCCACUGCUCCGGGGGGCGUCGAGAGGACGAGGGGCAGGGACUGUCACCUCCCGAGUGUCACAGUCCCGGCACAGGGGCCACCCCCAGCCCCGAGGACGCCCCGGGCCGGGAUGGCCGAGUGUCCCCAGUGUCCCCAGGGCCCCUCUCGGACCAAAGUCUGCGGCGGCGGCUGCGGGAGCAGGGGGAAGACCCGGGACCCGUCACCGACCUCACCCGGGGGCUCUACCGGCGGCGGCUGCGGGAGCUGGGCACGGGACACGGCGGGGAGCUGGGGGCCCCCCCAGGGCACAGCCCGGAGCUGGUGGCUGCGCUGAGGACCGGCCACAUCCCCGACUGUGCCCAGGACGAGCUGGCACUGGCGCGGCAGUUCGAGCGUCCCGAGCGCGGCCGGCACUGGAGGGAAGGGCUGCUCAAGUCCAGCUUCAACUACCUCCUCCUCGACCCCAGGACCACCCGGGACCUGCCCCUGCGCUGCCCCCGCCUGAGCCCCGCCCAGCGCUUCCAGACCUUCGUCAGCGCCGUGUUCUACGUGGGCAAGGGCACCCGGACCAGGCCCUACUGCCACCUGGCCGAGGCCCUGGGCCAGCACCGGGCAGGGACACGGCGGGGCUGCCCCAAGGUGCGGCGCAUCCUGGAGAUCUGGGAGAGUGGACAUGGCGUCGUCUCCGUGCUCUGCUUCCAGAACAGGGUCCCGGCCGAGGCCUACACGAGGGAGGGCUGCAUGGUGGAGGCGCUGGGCCUGCAGACCCUCACCAACCAGCGCAAGGGGCACUGCUAUGGCGUGGCCGCGGGCUGGGCGCCCGAGCGGCGCCGGCGCCUGGGGGUGCACAUGUUGUACCGGGCCAUGAGCAUCUUCCUGGCCGAGGGCGAGCGGCAGCUCCGGCCUGGGGACAUCCCGGGGAGGUGACAGUGCUCGGAGGGGAGGGUGGCUGGGGGGGGGGGGGGCAGCUUUUACGUCGUGACCGCUGCGAAGAUUUGUUUCUGUUUUUCUAUUUCCCCGGCCGGGUGAUCAAUAAAUCGCUGCGGGGCUGGGUUUGCCUGGAGAAUUCCCAGUUGUGGGAGAUUCCUGGAGAUUCGCAUCCCUGCUUCCCCGUGCACGGGGACAAGGAGAAGGACACACACCCCUGCCCCGUCCCCAGCAGGCAGUCGGACACGGCUGGGCUGUAGCACGGCUUUACUGGGUGGAAUGGCACUAAUGCGGCGU